AUGGCUGUAUUGAAAUGGUUGAGCAUUUGCCUGACUCUGUUCUGCCAAGGCACAGCAGCAUCAAAACCUUGCAGGUGGACGCAGUUUAGGUUGGGGAAGCUGAACGAUGUGAGCAUAAACCUGCUCUCAGAAAUGGGUGGACUCUUUCCCCUUAUGUGUGCAGAAGAAAACGUCGAACAAAUGUUUCCAGAGGAUCUUUACAAGAACACAGAGGGUGAGGACGUCUCUGUGGUUGCAUUGGAGGCUAUGCGAUAUGUGGAACAAUUAUAUAACAACAGUCUGACGUCUGUCACUUGGAACAAAACAAAACUUAACAUGUUCCAAAACGUCAUAUAUCGUCAAGUUCAAAACUUAGAGUUAUGUGUCGUAGGAGGUGUUUGGGAAUCCUCUGGAGAUGGAGGGUCGGUUACUCUGAAAACAUAUUUCAACAAGCUGAAUACCUUCUUGAAAGAGAAGGAACACAGCGCAUGCGCAUGGGAGAUUGUGCGAAAGGAGAUUCGCGAAAACUUGGUGCAGUUCAAGAAAUUCAUUGACAGCAGAGUCAAGCCGUGAGGAGA